GCGUUGCCCGAUCGACAAUUAGCUGGUGGGUUUUUAAAACCAUUACAGCAUCGCAUAGUUCAUACCACAUGUUGGCAGUCAAACUUACAUCAAGCAUCGCCAAAAAACCCUCCUAUAUUUAUAAGUAGAAUGUGGGGGCGGAUACUUUCGUGCGUUACCCUAAUUCGUCUUACAAAUGCUUCGCAAAUAUAAUCUACGCCUGACUCGCCGAUGCUACUUUCCGCCUGGUACCGGAAGGUUUAAAAGAGUAGGUGCAUGUUAAAAAGGGCCUUGACCUACCUGCUCCUUAUACCUCUCCAAGCUUCUGACAUUAUCACUUGACAUUCUUGAGAAUCCGCGGUGACUACACUUGUCAAUUGAAUUUCAAGAUGGACGCUUUCGAGAAGAAGACCUUGAAGACAUCGCGGGGUUAUACUUACACAUACUACACGUCCGAAGGCGACAGAUCUCUUCCAACCCUUUUCUUCCAGCAUGGCUGGCCCGACCAUGCCGAGAUGUGGAAGGGUAUCGCAGAGCGUCUUAUUGAUACCAACUUCCCCAUUAUCAUUCCAGAUUUACUUGGCUAUGACGGCACCGACAAGCCAACCGAUCCAGCCGAGUAUAGGUGGGAUGUAAUGACCAUGGAUCUCAUCGAUAUCAUCGACACGGAAAAGGUGGACAAAGUAAUUUCCAUCGGUCACGACUGGGGAUCCAUUUGUGCCGCCCGUCUCUACAAUUACCACCCUGACCGCGUCGUUGGCUGCAUGUUUUUCAAUGUCGCAUAUACCCCCCCAUGUCGUGAGCGUUUCGAUAUCGCGAAAUGGAAUAAGACCGCCGAGCAGGCUUUCGGCUACGGAACCUUGCACUACUGGUACCUCUUUGCCGACCCAAAUGGUGGCAAACUCCUCAAAGACAACGUUGAGCGUCUCUACUCUUGCAUUCAUGGCACAGGUGACUCGAUGAAGCGAUACUUCUGCGUCCCAAAUGCUAUGCGUCAGCACCUUUCGAGCAGCGCUCCGGGUCCGGAAGUCCGUCCUUACGCUCAGGACACAAAGUUCCGCCAGGACUUCAUCGACAGAAUGCGCCGUGAUGGUUUCGACGCGCCACAGUGCUGGUACCGUGCCUUUUUGGAGCAGCAGCACCUGUGCGAUGAGAACCUUCCUGAAGGUAGAGACAAGGUGGAUGUUCCGGUAUUGUAUAUUGGAGGGAAAGACGAUGGCCCAUGCCGUGUCGAGACCAUGUAUCCGGCGAUUCAGCAGGGAUGGUUGCCGAAGUUGGAUCAGAAGCCCUUGUUGGAUGCGGCGCAUUGGAUGCCAUAUGAGAGGCCAGAAGAGAUUGCGGGACUUGUCAGGGAGUGGUUGGGUGAGAAUUAUGCAAAAUGAAGUAGGUAGGGCGGAAAGAUGUAUGAGUUCGAUGCUUGGAGUGUGGGUACUAUGUAACCCUCAUUCUAAUGUGCUGAGUUGAGUUAUGAUGGCCUUGACUCUCGGGUGCCGAUUUGAGUGCCUAUCUAGUUCUAUUUGUAGGAAUCGAGCAGGCGAUCCGAUUUGUCUUCCCUAUGUGAUUCUAUUGACAAGGAUCGGGCAGGGAGCCAAAGAGGGCUAAAUACUUACGCCACCCGACAAGCGAGAAAAGUUCCCUAAACAUAGAAUCCGUUUUCCUGCACUCUUGUUUCUGAAUUCUGUCUUUGAAAAGCCUAUGACUAAAUUUCAUUCUACCCCCCACUCUAUCGAUGGAAAUAAUGAGAUCUACGUCAAACACCGUUCCUUUCCAUUCUAUGUCAAUCUACCAUAUAUUUCCAUCUAUAAUAACAAGGCUCUCUUCA